AGCCGGUCAGUCAAUGCAGCCUGAAACGUCAUCAACAGAAGACGCGCUGCCUCCAAAAGACCACAAGCAAGAAUGCUUUUCUACUCGUUUUUCAAGUCUCUGGUGGGAAAGGACGUGGUGGUGGAGCUCAAAAACGACCUGAGCAUCUGUGGAACGCUUCACUCUGUUGACCAGUACCUGAACAUCAAGUUGACAGACAUCAGCGUCACAGAUCCAGAGAAAUAUCCACAUAUGCUGUCGGUGAAAAACUGCUUCAUCCGUGGAUCGGUGGUCCGGUACGUCCAGCUGCCGGCCGACGAGGUGGACACGCAGCUGCUCCAAGACGCGGCGCGAAAAGAAGCCAUGCAGCAGAAGCAGUGAUGGGGUCGUAGGUGCAUUCCUGAUUAUGGAAAUUUGCAGAGCGGGGUUGGUUGUCUCGAACCCGCAGGACGUUUAGCAGUCUUCAUCUGAUUCUUUUAGUUCCAACAACAGAGGACCGUGUUUGUGUUGACGUUUCUGGUUUAAAAUUAUAAAAAUUGUUUUUUGUUUGGCUGUUUUUUUUACAAAUAAGGUUACAAUAUUUUAAUCCUUAUUUCAUUUUCUUCGUUAAGAAAUUCUCCUGCCUUUUUGCCUCAACUUGUAGAUUUUUUUUUUUUUUAUUGUUUUUGGAAAAAUACUUUGGUGUGUCAACAUCAAGUAUGACCGUGGAAGAAGUCAUUUUGUAAUUAUGUGUAUUUUUUGGAAAUAAAGCUAAAAUGUCAUUAG